AUGGACGUUAUCCUCGAGGUAUGGGAUCUGGUGAUUGGCGAUCGCCUGUACGCCGCAACUUUGCCAGCAACCCUCAAAUCGUCGCCGUCGCUGUCGACUUUUAUCCAGGAUGCAAACAAUACUCUGUCGCUCUUCGGCGAUGCUCGUUCAUACACCUACGAGCCCGCCUCCAGCUACCUGUAUCUUGAACCGUCCAAAUAUGCCUAUCUGAGCAUGUGGCCUCGCGACAAUAUAUACAGACAGGCGUCGAGCUUGUUCCUGAUUACAUGGAUUUUUGGCGUUCUCAUCUAUUUCUUCUUCUCGACCCUUUCUUACAUCUUCGUUUUCGACAAGACCACCGUUAAUCAUCCCAAAUACCUCCGCAAUCAGAUGCGUCUGGAAAUCGCGCAAACAAUGAGAUCCAUGCCUGUCAUGUCUAUCCUCACCACGCCUUUCUUCUUGGCCGAAGUCCGUGGCUACGGCAACAUGUACGACACGUUCGACCAGGAACCUUUCCCCUACUACAGUGUCCUGCAGUUCCCCUUGUUCAUUCUCUUUACCGAUCUGUGCAUCUACUGGAUUCACCGUGGCCUCCAUCAUCCGUUGAUCUACAAGACUCUGCACAAACCCCACCACAAAUGGAUCAUGCCAACCCCGUAUGCGUCGCACGCCUUCCACCCCAUUGACGGCUGGUCCCAGAGCAUUCCAUACCACGUCUUCCCGUUCAUCUUCCCGCUUCAGAAGUUUGCUUACGUUCUGCUCUUUGUCUUUAUCAACUUCUGGACCAUCUUGAUCCACGAUGGCGAAUAUGUUGCCAACAGCCCUGUUAUCAACGGUGCCGCUUGCCACACUAUGCAUCAUCUCUACUUCAACUACAACUACGGUCAAUUCACCACCCUCUGGGACCGUGUCGGCGGUAGCUACCGGAAACCCAAUGAGGAGCUCUUCCGACGCGAGACCAAGAUGGGUAAAAAGGAGUGGGAAAACCAAUCCAAGGAGAUGGAAACCAUUCUCAAAACUGUCGAAGGUGAAGAUGACCGCCAGUACCUCGGCGAAAAAGACACAAAGAAAAGGAUCUAA